AUGAAUCGACCAGUUGUGAAAAUCCUGACAACGGUGUUUGCGUGCAUCUUAGAAACAAGCAACUUCAGGUUAGCCCUCUCCAAGGAACAUGAUUCCAGGUCUUCAACCAAACCGGCCUCGCAGACCAUGUCCCCCUCAGAUUUCCUGGACAAGCUGAUGGGAAGGACGUCAGGAUACGACGCCCGAAUCAGACCGAAUUUUAAAGGUCCUCCUGUUAAUGUUACAUGCAACAUAUUUAUCAACAGCUUUGGUUCAAUAGCAGAAACAACGAUGGACUACAGAGUGAACAUCUUCCUGCGACAAGCAUGGAAUGAUCCACGAUUAGCCUAUAGCGAAUACCCAGAUGAUUCCUUAGAUCUGGAUCCUUCCAUGUUGGAUUCCAUCUGGAAGCCUGAUUUGUUCUUUGCGAAUGAAAAGGGGGCCAACUUUCAUGAAGUGACAACAGACAAUAAACUGCUUCGCAUUUUUAAAAAUGGAAAUGUUUUGUACAGUAUCAGGCUGACAUUAACAUUAUCUUGCCCAAUGGACUUGAAAAAUUUUCCAAUGGAUGUGCAAACAUGUGCGAUGCAGUUGGAGAGCUUUGGAUACACAAUGAACGACCUGAUAUUCGAGUGGCUGGAACAAGGUGCAGUGCAGGUUGCUGAUGGUCUGACCCUUCCACAGUUUCUUCUGAAGGAUGAGAAGGAGCUAGGAUAUUGCACAAAGCAUUAUAAUACAGGAAAAUUUACCUGCAUUGAGGUUAAGUUCCAUUUGGAAAGACAGAUGGGUUAUUACUUAAUACAAAUGUACAUUCCCAGUCUGCUGAUUGUCAUACUUUCCUGGGUCUCAUUCUGGAUUAACAUGGAUGCAGCUCCAGCAAGAGUGGCUUUGGGCAUCACAACAGUACUGACGAUGACCACACAGAGUUCUGGCUCGCGAGCUUCACUUCCAAAGGUUUCAUAUGUCAAAGCCAUAGAUAUUUGGAUGGCAGUGUGCCUGCUCUUUGUGUUUUCCGCCUUGUUGGAGUAUGCCGGCGUAAACUUUGUGUCACGCCAGCACAAAGAAUUUUUGCGCCUGAGAAGAAAACAGAGACGACAAAAUAAGGAUGAAGACUUGACUCGGGAGAGCCGCUUUAACUUCAGUGGAUAUGGGGUAGGCCAUUGUCUACAGGUCAAGGAUGGCACUGCAGUCAAAACAGUAGCUCCAACUCCACCACCACAGCCCAAGGACGCAGAAGCCGUCAGGAAGAAAUUUGUUGACAGAGCGAAAAGGAUUGACAUGAUAUCCCGUGCUGCCUUCCCUUUGGCAUUCCUCAUUUUUAACAUCUUUUACUGGAUUACGUACAAAAUUAUACGACAUGAAGAUGUCCAUCAGCAGUAG